CACCGCUUGUGGCUCGACGCAAUCAUUGGUACUGAGGACUCAGUUGUUGACUUGACUCCAAUGGCGAUGUUCAAGGCUCCCGUUCCCUGGCUCUUCUAUCAUGCCUACACUCUCUUCCUUUUUACAGCGAGCGACAUCGCCGCAGUUCUGUUGCCUCAGAGCUUCUUCGCCAUCAGCUUUGCCCUGAGUCCAACAUUGAACGGCGGCAUACACAUAUCUCCGUACACCAUUUUUUCGCGCUUACCGGCAGCGAUGUUCUGGGUAUGGCUACACCUUCUGGUACUCGAUCUCUCCAACCAACGACGUCCGGACUCCGUCGCUGAGGACAAACUGAACAAACCCUGGCGACCAAUUCCUAGCGGACGUUUGCAACCGCAUCACGCAAGACAGCUGCUUAUCUUCAGCAUACCGUUUUUGUACGUCUUAUCCUCGCAAGCUCUAGGGGGAGAGCCCGAAACAGUCGCGCUAUUCGUGCUCAACUGGAUCUACAAUGACCUUGACGCUGCGGAGCAUAUGAUCCUUCGGAAUAUCCUAAACGCACUGGGCAUCACAUUCAUUGGUGCAGGAGCGACGGCCGUUUUGACAGGUGAAUCCGUCGGCAGCGAAAAUGUUCGUGGGCGCGAGUGGCUGUUCGCUUGCGCGGGAGUGUUGGCAACCACUAUCCAAGCGCAAGAUCUGUACGAUCAGGAAGGAGACGGAAAACGUGGCCGUAAAACUAUGCCGCUCGUGUUGGGCGAUGUCACUGCUCGAUUUGUGACGGCUGGGCCCGUUCUCAUCUGGAGCGUUCUCGUUCCCGGUUAUUGGCGCAUUACUGGCCUGAUGGGAUGGCUUACAACACUGCUUCCCGGCUUGGUUCUCGCAGGAAGAAUGCUCAAGUACCGGAAUAUCGAGUCUGACCGAAAAACAUUCAAGUUGUGGGCGUGUUGGACUAUCGGGCUGUACGCGGUGCCAAUCAUCAAGGCGACGGAGGGUUAG